UUCCAUUGAAGAGACGUUUAAAAAACGAAGGAGCAAAUAAGUAUACAGAAGCCUCUGUUUCUCCACAACAAAGAGGAAGGGAAACACAGUGUUACCUGAGGGAGGAGAUGAGGCUUUUGAAAAGGGCUUCUGCUGUUUUAAAAGAUAGAAACAGCAUCUACCUUGCAAAACUAUCAAGAAAAAAUUCCUCUCGACACGUAGAGCUCGAAUCAGCGAUCAUCAAAGCUACCAGCCACGAUGAAUUCUCUGUCGAUCAUAAGAAUGCACAGCGAGUCUUCACUUGGAUCCGCACCUCUUCCUCAUUCAAACCUUUUAUAUGGUCUCUUUCUAAACGAAUCGAGAAGACACGAAGCUGGGUUGUAGCAAUCAAGGGGUUAAUGCUCUUACAUGGCAUCUUCUGCUGCAAUGUCCCAGCUGUUAGAAGGAUUGGUCGUUUACCAUUCGAUCUUUCUGAAUUCACAGAUGGUCAUUUAAAGACAACGAAAUCAUGGGGGUUCAAUGCUUUUGUUCGUGCCUACUUUGCUUUUCUUGAUCAGAGAUCUGCCUUUUUAAGCUGCAUUCCACCCCGAGAUGAUCAAAAAGAUGACAAAGAUAAAGAUGGUUCAUCUAUGAUGAAAGUGCUAAUUGAAUUACAAAGGUUGCAGACAUUGCUGGAUAUGCUAAUUCAGAUUAAGCCUUGCACUGAUGGUAUGAAUGUUCGUCUCAUUCUCGAAGCCAUGGAUUGCAUUGUAAUUGAGAUUUUCGAUGUAUACAGCAGAAUGUGCAGUGGGAUUGCUGGGGUUCUUGUGGGAAUAUUUAAGGCUGGGAAGAAAGAGGCUGUAAUGGCUCUUCAUGUCUUACAGAAGGCUGCAUCUCAGGGUGAAGAAUUAUCUUUGUAUUUCGAGUUUUGUAAGGAUUUUGGGGUUCUAAAUGCAUCUGAGCUCCCCAGAGUUGAGCAGAUCCCAGAAGAAGAUAUUCGAGAUCUUGAGCAGAUGAUUAGUGAGAAAGUUUCAGAGAAGAUGAACAACAAUGAAAAUCACGGAGAUAGAGCUGUCAUGCCAAUAGAUGAACAGGAAGAUCCAGACAAGUCCUUGAUGAAGAAGAAGACAAUAGUGACCCAGACCUGGGAGAUGUUUGAUGAUGAAUUCAAGGGUAAAGGAAAUGCAGAUGAUGAAUUCUCAUUUUUUGGGGUAGAUGGAGGUGACUUCUCUGAUGUCCCAAACACAAAUUGUAUAGAUCCUUUUGCACCUUCUCUAAAUUGUCCUCCUCUUCUAUGUGGUUAUAACAAUGAUACUACAAUAGUAUCAUCAAAUGGUUUCCUUCAGUUGGAGUAUUACUUCAAUCCAAUCCCAGCUGCUUCUUCAACUGUUGGAAACCAGAGUAAUUGGAUUGUCUCUCUUUGA